UGAGCGUGUCCUCUGUUGGGAGCAGUCGCGCGCCGAGUGUAUAUGGAGGUGCCGGGGGAUACGGCACCCGUAUCUCUCAAUCCACUUUCCCUAUGGACGGGCCAGGCCAGAUCACUAUCGGUGCCAACGAGAAGUAUACCAUGCAAAAUCUGAACGAUCGUUUGGCCACCUACCUGGAAAAGGUGCACUCUCUAGAGGCAGCCACGAGAUGAGAUCACCGACUCACAAGAAGGACGUCAGUGGGUUCUAUGGCACCAUCACAGACAUCCGCAACAAGAUCCAAGCCAGGUCUGUGGAGAACUCUCAGAUGAUCCUGCAGGUGGAUAAUGCCAGACUUGCAGCUGAUGACUUCAAGAUGAAGUUAGAGACGGAGGCUAACAUGCGUAUGAAGAUAGAAGGGGAUGUGGCUCGUCUGAGAGGAGUCCUGGACAGCUUUACACUCACCAAAGCAGAACUGGAGAUACAGAUUGAGGGGCUGAAGGAGGAGCUGGUCUACCUCAGGAAGAACCACGAGGAGGAGAUGCAUUUGAUGCGGACGCUGCAAUGUGGUGCUGUGAAUGUGGAGAUGGACUGUGCUUCCUCAGUGGACAUGAGCAAGGUGCUGGAAGAGAUGAGGACCCAGUAUGAGGGCAUGAUAACGAAGAACCAGAGAGAUGCUGCCAAGUGGUUUGAGAGCAAGGUGGAGGUGCUUCAGAACCAGAUCACCACCAGCACCACAGAGGUGAAGACCUCUCAGUCUCAGGUGACCGACCUGAAGAGGACCAUCCAGAGCCUGGAUAUUGAACUGCAUGGCCUGCUCACUCAGAAGGGGUACCUGGAGCAGAGCGUCGUUGAUAUAAACAGCCGCCACGGCUCCCAGCUGAGCCAGCUGCAGGUUUGUAUCAACAGCAUGGAGGAGGAGCUGCAGCAGCUCAACGUCAGCAUCCAGCAGCAGGCCUCUGAGUACCAGAUUCUCCUGGACAUCAAGAUGAGGCUGGAGAUGGAGAUCGCUGAGUACAGGAGGCUGCUGGAUGGAGAGGGACUCAGUAGGCAUGUGGAGACCAGACAGGAGGUCAGGAAGGUGAUCGUGGUCGAGAAGGUCCAGGAAGUACAACAAAUCCAGGAAGUGGUGGAAGAGUAUAAUCCACACAUGCAGAAGCGGGUGAGAGUGAUCGUGGAGGAGAUGGUGGAUGGGAAGGUGGUGUCCACCUCAGUAGAUGAGAAGGUCCAGGAUAUGAACUAACUGAGAAGGCCAGAUAGUUCCGGAAUCUGGUGAAGCGUUAACGGACCACCCAUACCCCUGGACCACCCAUACCCCUGGACCACCCAUACAACUGAUGACGGGUGAUCAAGCCCUGUCUAUAUAUAUAUAUAUAUAUAAAUAUAAAUAAUGUCGUGGUCACAUACGUAAUAUGUCCCUUUUGACAGGAUUGCAUCAGCUGAAUGAUAACUGAUGUAAUUUACUCAUGUUACCUUAAAACUCUUAUAUGGCUCUAUCAUGUGGACAAUUUAAUAUUAUUUCUAAGGUGUUUUUCCUGUGGUUCCAUUUGUUGCCAACAUUUGUUGCCACCAGGUGACAUCUCUCAUUUAAACAUCUUUGGCCAGUGCAUACGUGAAAAUGAUUUCAUUUGAAUAAAGUGUAAACAGAUUACAGUUACAUAAGUGGCAACAGGGAAACUAUGACAACAUUGCCAUUACUGUUGAAAGUUUCCCUUUUUCUCUCUAUUUUUCAUCUAUAACAACAAAAAGCAAAGUCUCAAAUUUUAAGCAACAUUUGGUAAAAAAUAAUUUAUACACGUUUGUAUACUCUCAGGGCCACAAGCCAUGUAUGUUCUCUGUACUCUAUGACAGGUUUAAAGUUCAUGUUCUGUAGACCUCUGACACUGACACUACAUGAUACAUUUGGCUGUUAUUAAAAUAUAAAUCUCAAUGCA